CUGAUUUUGACCAGUGCAAAUUUCAGCUUUAAGGUUUAUCCUGCUGCCUAAUUGUUCUUCGGGGAUCAUACUAGAUCGCUUCUGGGGAUCUCGGAAUGAGCCGCCAUCUUGCUGGCGCGGCCUGUCUCACCCGUGAAGCUUGGCAGUAGCCAAAUAAGAACUAUCGUGUGUCCCCAGGUAGUGCCCUAAUCGAUCUCGCCAGGAAAAGGGAUGUUCUUGACCAGAGGGCAGCAACGCGAGAGACCGGCGACAGACUACGAACGCUGGUUGAACAACGAUACUCCGGACCAGGACUCGAUUCCCCAAUUCGAGCCCGUAACCGAGCACGGCGUGGUUAUGCAUCGGCACGGGCAACGACCGACUACGGUCCCGUAUGCAGGGGUAGAUAUCAUCAAUGGCUUUGACCAGUAUGACCCUUCGAACGUACCGCCGCCGAAUUACCAUGACGUUUCGCGACGGCCGAGAGUUCCCGACAUCAUAACGUUCUACGGCGCGCUCCUUGUACUGUUGUUUCUCGUCAAGUACUUUGUUCAGACGCUGCUUCGGCAACUGCGACGGGGGAGAGAAGAGCCGGACCGUCCGUCUGCGACAAGGCGCUCAAAUCAGGUUCCGAGCAUUGUUGUCUCGGAUAGUGAGUUGAAGAAGGGGUAGUGUAGGGAGAUAAUUGUCUAGGAUGGGGUGUUCAUGGAGGUGUCAUUGCUGGUUGGUUAUAGAUGAGUGGCGACUCGAGGACAGAGGGGUUGGUCUGUUUGGUUUGACUUUAGUCAUGCAAUUAUGCCAGGCGUAUAUGUACUAGUAGUAGUACCAUCAUGGUUUACAUCUGCAGCCCACCAGCUCUAUGCUCUUAUCCCUACAUAUGCUGCCGUCAAAAGCUCGGGCAUAGCAACCGAGACUUUCAAUGCCUGGAACUUCGACGGUCGCCCCUAUUGCAGAGAAACGAUUUGGAACAAAUGACACCAUCGUGGUGCUGAACCUACCGCCACUAAAUCGGGUGUGCCAGGCCAAUUUAGACCUAGGUAGUGGCCGCGAAG